AUGACUGACUUCCCCGUUGACGUCGCUCAAAUUGUGGCCCUGUUCCUCGAAAGCCUUUUCUAUGGGGUAUAUCUUGUGACCUUCGGAAUGUGCAUGUACACUAUGCUGGGGAAUAGUCGGACCCGCUACUCUCAGCGUAUCGGGUAUUUUGUGGUAGUUUUGCUGUUGUUUGUCUUCGCUACUCUGGACGUUGCACUGCUUCUUCGCCAUGUCCUGGAUGCCUUCAUCUGGUAUCAUGGCCCCGGUGGUGCUAUUGGCGAAUUCUCAGAUAUAUCCUAUUGGGUUAAUGCUAUGAAGACCGUCAAUAGCGUUGCCCAAACUGGCAUAGCCGAUGGGAUGCUAAUCUACCGAUGUUAUAUUGUAUUCGACAGAAGCUGGGCUCUCGCCGUAACUUUGUGUGUUGUAUGGGUUGCAGGGUUGACGCUGGGAGCCAUUGCGUGCUACAUCGAAUUCACUCUUCGCUCUUCUACAUUCCUUGGCGCUAAGCAACUUGAGCCUUUCCUCAUAUCGGGUCUCAGCUUAUCACUGGGACUCAAUAUUAUUGCUACCUUAAUGAUUGCGUACAAGAUCGGGUCAAUCGAGCGCCAGUCGAGAGUCAUCUUUGGAAGUAGCGGGUCUGGCUUGAGACGGGCUAUGCGCAUCAUUAUCGAGUCCGGACUGAUGUAUUCCAUCGCGAUCAUCAUCUUCUUUGCCGUAUAUGCGACCUCAAGUAAUGCAGAAUAUGCUGUUUCCGAUUGCGUAAGUUCACUUUCCCCGUCUAUAUACAAACCGCCUUACUAA